UCGGUAACAUCCGGGGUUUGGACAGGAUGAACGCCAAUUUCCAAGAUGGCGGCGGAGGGAGGAGGGAAGGAGAUGAACGAAAUUAAAACUCAAUUCACUACACGAGAAGGCGUCUAUAAACUCCUCACUCACUCCGAAUACAGCCGCCCAAACAGGGUGCCUUUUAACUCGCAGGGCUCCAACCCCGUAAAAGUCUCCUUCGUCAACGUGAACGACCAGUCCGGUAACGGCGACAGAAUCUGUUUCAAUGUGGGCCGGGAACUGUACUUUUAUAUCUACAAAGGCGUGAGAAAGGCCGCUGACCUUAGUAAGCCCAUAGACAAGAGGAUAUACAAAGGAACGCAGCCCACGUGUCAUGAUUUCAACCCCCUCACAGCCACAGCGGAGAGCGUCUCCUUGCUUGUGGGCUUCUCAGCUGGCCAGGUGCAGCUCAUCGACCCAAUUAAGAAAGAAACCAGCAAGCUCUUCAACGAGGAGAGACUGAUAGACAAGUCACGGGUAACAUGUGUGCGAUGGGUUCCUGGCUCAGAGAGCCUGUUUCUGGUGGCUCACUCCAGCGGCAGCAUGUACCUGUACAACGUGGAACAUACCUGCGGCACAACACCCCCCCACUACCAGCUCCUGAAGCAAGGUGAUAACUAUGCUGUGCACACUUGCAAAAGCAAGUCAGCCCGCAACCCCUUACUCCGCUGGACGGUGGGUGAGGGAGCACUCAACGAGUUUGCUUUUUCCCCGGACGGCAAGUUUCUGGCUUGUGCCAGCCAGGAUGGCUUCCUGCGGGUGUUUGGCUUUGAUGCCGCUGAGCUCCAUGGAACCAUGAAGAGCUACUUUGGUGGCUUAUUGUGCGUGUGCUGGAGCCCCGAUGGACGAUAUAUUGUGGCAGGAGGGGAGGACGACCUGGUGACAGUGUGGUCAUUUUCAGACUGCAGGGUGAUCGCACGGGGGCACGGCCACAAGUCGUGGGUGAGUGUGGUGGCAUUUGACCACUGCACUACCAGUGUGGAGGAUGGUGACCCCCCUGCUGAGUUCAGUGGUAGUGAUGAGGACUUCCAUGAGCAGAUUCACUUUGGAGGGGGCAGAGACAGAGCCAACAGCGCUCACUCUCGGCUUUCUAAGAGGAACUCUACAGAUGGUAGGCCUGUUAGUGUGACCUACCGCUUUGGUUCAGUGGGCCAGGAUACCCAGCUGUGUCUGUGGGACCUUACAGAGGACAUUCUUUUCCCACACCUUCCUCUCUCCCGCACCAGGACUCACACUAAUGUUAUGAGUGCCACAAGCCCUCCUGUCACUGGGCAAGCUACUACUGCUAUCACCACCACCUCCAAUCCCAGUGGCACCAAUGGCAACAGUAGUGUAAGCAGUAGUAGCAGUAGUGGCAACCCAGCUAACUCCCUCCCCAGCACCCUGCCUCGGUCUAACAGCUUGCCACACUCCUCCAACCCAGCAGGGGGCAGCACCCCAAACAGUCACACUGGCAGCAGCAGCAACAGCAGUGCCAAGGGCAGCAGCAUCAUAGACAGUGCUUUCAUCGCCACUGGCGUCAGCAAGUUUGCCACGUUGUCACUACAUGACUCACGCAAAGAGCGACACGAAAAGGACCACAAGCGCAACCACAGUAUGGGUCACAUCAGCAGCAAGAGCAGCGACAAGCUUAACCAGCUGAGCUCUUCACGGACAGCAAAAGCCGACGCAGCUAAGACUCUGGGCACUACGCUGUGCCCACGCAUGGAGGACGUGCCCCUGCUUGAGCCACUAGUGUGCAAGAAGAUCGCUCACGAGAGACUCACUGUGUUAAUCUUCCUGGAGGACUGUCUGGUCACAGCCUGUCAGGAGGGUUUCAUUUGCACAUGGGCUAGGCCAGGGAAAGUGGGAUUACUAUCAUCUCAAACAACCCGGCCAACUCUCCCAGUGGAACAGUAGUAUAGCCUCGGUGCUGGUGCUGCUAACAACAGCUCCAUGCCACAGAGACAGGGAUGACCAAGGCCAAGGCCCUGCAGCGCUGCACCUCACACCAUCAUCACUACCGUGUCAUCUUCAUUCCUAUCACUACAGCCAAUCGGACACUCUUUUUUGUUACCACUCAUCCUGAGAAAACUGAUGAUGGCCAAGCCAGGGUAGAAACUAAACCCCAUUGUGUAGGGGGGGAAACGGGGUGCUGUGGAAGUAAGAGGGCAAGCUUGAAAUUGUCCAGGAGGUUUAGAGGAGAAGUUGGCUGGCUCUUUACUGUGUCCCAUCUGUGGCCAUAUCAAGGCUUCAUCUAGUCUGAAAAUAAACACUAGUACCCUUUCCUUUGUGCCUGUAGAUCUCAGAAGACCAGACAAGGUGUAAGCAGUAUGGUCACAGCUCUACCUAACCUUUUGAUGUGUGUGGGGACAAUUUAGACAUAUUUGCUACACCUGCAAUAUCUUCUCCAGCUGUAUUUGCAGAGAAUAAAGGGAAUAGGAUGAGGGAUCGUUUGGGAGUUGGUGCAUCUCCCCACUGUGGCAACUUGUUCCAUUUUCCCUCCUGGGCAGUCCCUUGUGCAUCCACAGUCUCCCCCCUCAUUCACAGCAAAGGAAGAGUGGAGCGUUUAGCUCCCUUCACAAAGUAAAGCUUUUAAACCUAAUUGGAGGUAUCACAGAUUGAGUAUUUUUGCACAGAUUUUUGUUUUUCUUUCAUUCGCUCUGUCUUGUUUUCUUGUUUUCCCAUUCAUUUUGUAUUCAUGAUGACGGUGGAACACGAGGAUUUUUUCAAAGACAGCUUUGGAAGCACUUGGGAAACAGCUUGUCAUUACCCUCUGUCUCAACGCUGGAUGCUGCAAUCAUAGUUUUUUUUUUUUUUUUUUUUUUUUUUUUUUAAAUAAAAAAAAGAAAGUUGUUUGCACUUAAUAGUUUGUUAGAGGAGAAUGGCUUUACAAUUUUGGAGUGUGUAAGGACUCCCUGACAAGGUUGUUGAAAUAUAAAUAGAAUUAAAAAACCUUUGUAUCUAUUGAACAUUUAUUUUAAUAUUGUUUCAGAUUAAAUGGGCUGUGUAUUAUAUGUAAAUAUUGUACUUCAAUGAUUUAUGGGUGAAAUGAUCAUUAUUACAUUAGUUCAAAGAUCCUCAUUUCAGAAAAUAGUGAUAUUUCUAAUACAGAAAAUAUAUACAUAAUAUUAAAUUGAAUCUUGAAUAUGCAGGUUAAAUGUUUCUUUUCUGUUGUACAUAAAGAGAAUUCAGGUGUAUUUUUAUUAAUGAAAUGUUUGGUAUAGGAAACGUCUAUGAAAUCCUCUUAUCUAACAGGUAGUGCUGAAUGCUAGCAAGCCUGUCGCUGCAGAUUUCCUUUACGACACAGGCAGGUAGGCGCAGACGCAGCGGUCUAAUUCAGCCAUCACUCAGAGCUCAGGUAAACCACAGGAAGACUAACGCUGGCAUAGCUCCCUCACCCAUUAGCACCAGGCCCAUCCAUCACCAUCUGUGUGAAUUCACUUUAACUAACGAACAAGACUGAUCCAGUGUUGUUAACACGGCCGGGGCGUGGAAUCUGUGACCCCUGUUAUUAGUGAGUAAUAACGACUGGACUAAUGCUCAACUUGUGAACAGACAAUAGACACUGUGUUGAUUACAAAUUCAUAAAUGUAAGUGCUUGAUGAUGGUAUGAGUGCUUGAGGUGAGGGUGUUCUUGAAGCACCCACAAGGAAGAUUGAGGAUUUUAUCAGUGGGAGCCUUUUUCCUCCAUGUGACACCUAUUAAAACAGCUUUGACAGACU